GUGCAAACUGUGUUUGUGUUUCGGGUUCACUAGUUUAGCAUUUGAAUCGUUACAACUUUAUAUAUUCAUGAAUGGUUGUUUUUGAUUUUAGCCUAUAUAUAAUUCAAAGGUCACCCAGAGUCUCCAGACAGGGUGUGUUUUGCAGCGAUUCGCUUGAAAUAAGUAGGAUUACAAAAUAUUGAUCUCGACUUGCAAAAAAUGGCUGACUUCAGUUUUUUGAAGAAAAGCAUUCAAGGUAAAAUUGUAGAACCUUCAGAUGGAAAAAAAUACGACAAUGAAAUCAAAAAAGUUUGGAAUGCAUGCCUGUACGAUAAACGUCCAUUGGCCUUUGUCAAAGUCAAGGGAAAAGACGAUGUAGCGAAGACAGUCAAGUUUUGUGUCCGCAAACAGCUUGACCUCUGUGUGUCUUGUGGGGGAACUAGUGAUUUUGUCAUCGCUGAUGAUGCAGUGAUUAUUGACCUAUCCAUGAUGAAACGUAUCAAGAUCGACAAAACGAAAAAGACGGCAAAAGUUGAAGGUGGUGUAAUAGUAUCAGAUGUUGAUGAAGCUCUCCAAGAACGUGGCUUCAUCCUUCCCUUGGGGAGCUUCUCCAAGCUGGGCGUGGCUGGUAUGACGCUGAUGGGGGGAUUGGGCUUCACUACCAGAAGUUAUGGAAUAACAUCAGAUAAUGUACUGGAAUAUGAACUUGUAACUGCAAAUGGUAACGUUAUUAAAGUAAGCGACAAAGACAAUGAGAACUUGUUCUGGGGAAUGAAGGGAUCUGGAUUCAACUUUGGCGUUGUGACAUCCAUUGCAUUCCAAGUGUUUGAGAUGCCUAGUCUUAUUGUUGGAGGCAUUAUGUACUACCAAAUCUCGCGUGCCAAGGAAGUUAUACAUGCCUUUCGACGAUAUUAUGCUGAACUAAAUGACAACAAGUUGUGCUUGUAUAUGCUGCUGCACAUGAAGCCAACCGGGCCUGAGCUACUAAUUAGACUACACUACAAUGGUGCUCUGAGAAAAGGAGGAGAAAUUGUGCAAGAUCUUCAAGAUCUUACCCGUCCAUACAAAAACACAUGCCACCCUAUACCACAUUGCGAGUUCCAGAAACAAGGAGACUUACUGCUGCCAAGGGGCAGGUUUCAACAAGGCAGCGUUGGUCACUUUUUACCAGAACUGAAAGAUGAAGUCGUGGACAACCUGAUCGAUGGCAUUCACAAAGUUCCUGGCGAUUUCAAUUCAUAUACUGACACCAUCAUUUACAUCACUACUACGGGUGGGAAAGCGAACGAAGUUGAGUUGGAAACCAGUUCUUUUCCAUUUCGUGGAAAUGCAUGUUACUGGAUAGGAAUGAAUGGCACAACUAACGAUGCAAACAACAUGGACGCCCUUGAGCAAUGGGUAUCAUCUGUUCAGGAUAUUAAUGCCCCAUAUGGUAUUGCUCCAUAUAGUGGAGGGGAUGCUGAACAAGCACUGGAGAAAUUGAAGCAACUAAAACAACAAUAUGACCCGGAAAACCUGUUCCACAAUAACUGCAUGAAUAUCAAUCCCGAGUAGGGAAUCCGAAUUGGAAUUCAAUAGACGUUUUUUUUUUAUAGACCCCCUUUCAUGGGAAGUCAAAGCAGCUCAAUUUGGAGGACAAAACAAAAUAAUUUCAAACUCCUGAGAAUUUGAAACCUAUUGUUGUCUUCCAAAUAGGUCUUUUGCACUAGAUUGACACGUGAUUGUUACUGGAUGACAAAAAAAUUUGGAUUUCCUUCAUUUAAAGAUUUUUUCCCUGGAUUACUAAUGUCGUAUCCUAAACCUUUUCAAAAAUACUUUUUUUUCCCCUUAUAAGAUACUUUCGAUUUCAAGAUACGAAGCAUUUUAAAGUUUGUUUGCCAUCCAGUAGAGCCUUCCCCAAGGGACCUUGAGCAAAAUUUGUUAUCAAAGUCAUAUAUCAGCACGUGACUGCUUGUACAAAAGGCCUAUUCAUUUCCAUUCCGACGUAUAACACGUACUGCAAGUGUUCUAUAGACCUCUUUAGCUUUUGACGUAAAGUUUCCCCAUUUCAGACCACGUGUCAUUAUCUUGACAAUAACUUAGAUACCAAAAACCUAGACAACUCUAAACUUACUUCAAGUCUCUUUCUCUUUUUUUCCGUUUCGAACCCGGAUUCAAAUAGUGCACUUCCGGUUACGAGGGCUUUCCGAGGAAGUGCACUAUUUGAAUCCGAGUUUGAAACGGAAAGAAAUAGCGGAGCGAGGAUUGGAGCAAGUCUAAGGCCCUGGCUAAACGAGUAAACAUGUUUUCUUAAAUUUUUCCAAAGGUGGCAAAACUGUCAGGGAACAUCGGGAACAUGUUUACUCAAUAUCGGUUAGCGUAUGCGCACUUUCAAGAUAGAGCUAGCUUUGCUAAGUAACGAACUUUUAGAAUGUUGACUUUCGUGGCUAAACGAGGAAACAUUGGGGAACAUUGUUUCCAUGAGUCUUGGAAGCAUGAAAUGCUUCUGCCGUACAGCAGAAACAUUUUUGCGUCUUGGAAGCAAAAUUUGUUGCACGCAGCAAUGUUUCGCAUGUGGCUAAACUUGGAAUCAUCGGGGAACAUGCGCGCGGGAAACAUGUUUCUGUAAACUUAGCUAGGGACUAAGGCAACUCGGAUUAUAAGUAGUUGUGUAGGUCGUGUAUAGUAAUUAUGAUUACAGACGUAUUGAGCGAGGAGUGCUUCAGACGUGGCUUCUCAUUCACUAGUAAAUGCUUUAUCACGUUGGAAAAAGUAGCCUGCUAGGACAUGAUGGAUGCAAAUAAAUGCGUUUCCAUUAACUCAA